AUGAAUUUGACAAAAUCUUGUGUUUCUAAUUUUAAUGGUCCAAAAAUGUGGAAGUUCCUUCUUGUUAUUUGGGGUUUGGUGGUGGUAGGGACUGAACCUGCCACAGUGAUAUCUCAACUUCAAAUGGAAGCAAAUGCUAUAUUGAACAGUGGGUGGUGGAAUAUAUCUGAUGGACGCUUCAAUAUCUCUCAUCGUUGUAAUUGGUCUGAAAUAACUUGCAACGAGGCUGGAAGCAUAAGAACAAUUCGCAUAGACCCUAAGCGUAUACAUAGUGAAGCGUCGUCGGGGAAACAUUUUACAACACUUAACAUGUCUGCUUUCAACAAUUUAGAAAGCCUUAUUUUCAGACAAAUUGGACUACAAGGGACUAUUCCCACAGAAAUUGGUCUUCUCUCCAAGCUCACUCAUCUUGAUAUGUCCGACAAUUUUCUUCAAGGUGAGAUGCCUCUUUCGCUAUGUAACCUUAGACAAUUAAGGUACCUAGAUAUCUCUUACAAUAAACUUGAUGGAUCCAUUCCUAAUGAGGUGUGUUACAUUAAAAAUCUCACUACAUUAAAUCUAUCUAAUAACUUCUUUAAUGGGAGUUUUCCUAUUUUCAUCAUAGGAAUUGAACUAACUCAUCUUGAUUUGUCUAGAAAUUAUCUUGAAGGUGAGGUGAAUCCUUCAAUUGCAAACCUUAGACAAUUAGAGUACUUAGACAUCUCUUUUAACAAUUUUCAAGGUUCCAUUCCUCCUCAAUGGUGGCUCCUAAAAAAUCUCACCACAUUAAAUUUAUCUAACAAUAGAUUCAAAGGUGAGAUACCUUCUUCUUCGCUAGAAAAUCUCAAGAAAUUACAGUACCUAUACAUCUCUAACAACUACAUUGAAGGUUCCAUUCCUCUUGAGUUAGGAUUCCUGAAAAAUCUCACAACAUUAAAUCUAUCUCGCAAUAGAUUCAAUAGAAGCUUGCCUAUAUCCCUUAUAAAUCUCACACAAUUACAAUACCUCGAUCUUUCAUACAAUUUUUUCACCGGUUCCCUCCCAUCUAACUUCGGUCAAUUAAGCAAAUUGCAAGUGUUGCAGUUAAAAAACAACUCCAUAGGAGGGAUCUUUCCCAUUUCACUGAAUAAUCUUUCUCAAUUAGAAAUUCUUGACAUUUCUCACAAUUUUCUUCUUGGUACACUUCCUUCCAAUUUUUUUCCAUUGACUGGUAACAAAAUUUCAAUUGACCUCAGUCAUAACCUCAUAAGUGGUAAAAUUCCAUCUCAGUUUGGGAAAUUUUACCAACUUAAUUUAAGCAAUAAUAAUCUUAUCGGAACAGUUCCACAAUCUCUCUGUAAUCUAAGUAACAAUUUUAUAAAUGUGGACAUUUCCUUCAAUUAUUUGAAGGGCCUUAUUCCAAAUUGUAUUGAUCCUCACACGAUAAUAGGGAACAAGGAUGUAUGUAGUGACAUUUUACAUGAACAAAUCAACUUCCACUUUAAAGCUUGCAAGAAAAGUUAUAAAUUAAAGCCUGUUGUUGUCAUCGUUCUUCCUACCUUUAUCAUUUUAAUCCUAGCCUUCUCACUUCUCAUAUGCUUCAUUCUUGGUCAUAAUUCUAUUAAGAACAAGCGUGCAAGCACAACAACAAUAGCGAAGAAUGGAGAUUUGUUUUGUAUUUGGAAUUAUAAUGGCAAAAUAGCACACGAUGACAUCAUUAGAGUAACCGAAGACUUUGACAUGAGAUAUUGCAUUGGAACAGGAGCAUAUGGAAGUGUUUACAAGGCACAAUUACCAUGUGGAAAAGUUGUUGCCUUAAAGAAACUUCACGGAUAUGAAGCAGAGGUGCCAGCUUUUGAUGAGAGUUUUAGAAAUGAAGUGAACAUAUUAUCCGAAAUAAGGCACCGACAUAUUGUGAAGCUUUAUGGAUUCUGCUUGCACAAAAGAAUCAUGUUUUUGAUCUAUCAAUACAUGGAGAAAGGAAGUUUGUUUUCUGUCUUGUAUAAUGAUAUAGAUGCCGUCGAAUUCAAAUGGAGAAAAAGGGUUAACAUUAUUAAAGGAGUUGCAUCUGCUCUAUCAUAUCUUCAUCAUGAUUUUACCUUUCCAAUAGUGCAUAGAGACAUAUCUAGUGGAAAUAUCUUGCUGAACAAUGAGUGGCAGCCUAGUGUUUCUGACUUUGGCACAGCUCGACUCCUUCAACAUGAUUCAUCCAAUCAAACAAUAGUUGCUGGAACAAUUGGAUAUAUAGCUCCUGAGCUUGCCUAUACUAUGGUUGUGAGUGAAAAGUGUGAUGUAUAUAGUUUUGGUGUAGUGGUACUAGAAACUUUAAUGGGAAGGCACCCUAAGGAAAUAUUGUCGUCACUUCAGUUAGGAUCAGCUCAAAGCAUGAAAUUAUGUGAAGUAUUAGACCAACGUCUUCCACAACCAAAUAAUGUGACGGUUAUACUCGGCAUAAUUCGUGUAGCUGUAAUAGCAUUUGCAUGCUUAAAUAUCAAUCCUUGCUCUCGACCAACAAUGAAAUGUGUGUCACAAUGUUUUGGCAUUGAGCUUCCUCCAUUAACCAUUCCUUUGAGUGAAAUUUCGAUACAGCAACUUAUGAGUCAAGAAUUCAAAGCAUUAUUUCAUAUUGUUGGCCCUGAAAAGCAAAACUUGUAAACUAACUAUUGUGUUAGAUAUAUGUUGCAUAUAGCAUUGCAUUUUGUGUGUGUGUUCUAGUGUUUAGGCCUAGAUUGAGCUAGCU